AUGGCGCUAGACCUCCAGCUGCGGGCGGCGUUCGCAAGGAGCGUGCGAGACGUGGAAGCCGCAGGUGAGCCAGGGGGUGAUCCGUCGCACAAGCUUCUGCUCGCCCUUCAGGGGAAACGGGGCCUGGAGGCUGCGUUCCGACUGCUUCGAAAGGCUAGGACACAGAACAACGUGCCAGGGGAAGGGAACCAACUCCGGUCGCCCGAGCUGCUGGUGCUUGCCGCCGAGACAGCCGUGAAGAACGGGGAGUUCAAUUUGGCCAGGAAGGCUUGUCACGAGUUCUUCCUCGAUGGGGGGGGUGCGAGAGAUCAAUUCUUCUGCCGCGCUCUGUUUGUGAAGGUAUUGAAAGGCGGUUUUCUCAGACGCACUCAGCAGUGCGGUGCUCAUCGAGAAACCCCUGCUGUGGGAGUUACGGUGUUCCACAACUCGAAGCAAAGAUCUUCUGUGCGUGGUUCUGCUGCCGGAUUUGUUGGCACGUGUUUUUUUUCCAACGCUCGGGUGGAGGCGCUGGUGGUGAGCAACUCGAUUGGAAGGGACGGUCUCGUGGGCGCGGAGGCCACCCAACGCCGCUCCCGUGCGGUGGGAUACCUCACGCAGGCCUUGGUGAUGCUGUUGUGCAACAGCCAGCCUCAGCACGUUCACAAUGUCAUUUCCUGUCGUAACGGCUUCUCUAAGGCUCUGGAUAUCGCCACAGAAGGGGGACCGCGAUACGCGUUCCUGGUGCACAACGUCUCCGUGCACGCGUGGAACAUUCUGAGGCCCGCUCUCACGGCCGGGCGGGCCGGCCAUCACGCCAAGGAGCUCGCAAGGUGGUACCUGCGGUGGCGGUGCGCCCUUCUGACCGCGGUUUCUCUCGCCCUCGAGGACAACGGAGACGCGAACCCAGCGGCGGCCAAAGCGGCGCUCGGCUUGCAGCACGCAGAGGCCCUGGCGUUGAGGGAGAGAGUCAAGGCGGAAGCAGCUCGCGAUGUCCUGAACGAGGCGAAAAAGAGGGUGGCCGCAGCGCAGGCGACGAUUCGGAAAAUCGAGGAGGCUGCCAGCAGUGCAGCCGAAAUCGCGUCUCUCGGAGAUGGGCAGAGCGAGGGUGGCGCGGUGGCGGAGGGUUCCGUGGUGUCGUCUUCCACGGGCCCCGCUGGCACCGGCGAGAACCAUUCUCUUGACACGGAAGAGAAGAUGGCGGCCGCGCUGUCGGCCGCGCUGGCGUCUCGCGCCGCGGCCGAGGCCGACGUCUUGGAGGUGGGAGGGGAUUUGAUUUGCCGGAGCAAUCUCUCUGCGGGAAGGAAGCUCAACCCUCUGGUCAAAGAGGCGGCGGAAGCUGCGGCCCUGUCGGAACGGACCUGGCUUUUCCGAGUCUAUUCGACAGCGAAGGGUGCGGCGGCAGAUGCCAAGAAGUUGCUAGAGACCCUGCAGACACAGACUUCAGAGGACAUCCGCAGGAGCGCUCUCAUGCUUCAGCAACAGGUCACGGCGGGGGCCCUGUUCGGGGAUGCUGUGCUGCAUGCGCUGAAACCCCAAGCGGAAAGUGUGGACCCGGGAGGGGUCACCGUUUUGGUGGAGAUGUACGUGAGGGUAGCGGCGGGGAUAGGAGCAGAAACCAACGGCGGAAACGUCGACGGUACUGAUGGGGGCGCAGAAGAUGGGGGGAUGGACGGGGGCUUGCAAGGGUUACCGGCCUCGCUUCCUGCGCCUUCCUCAGACGCAAAGUCCGCGCUAGUGGACCUCGGAAGAACGGCUCUCAAGGUAGAUGGCGCCGUUUUCCGUAUUGAUGUGUCAUGCCACGACCCAAAGGCCUGA